GUCACGGUCUGUGAUGGGAACGAAAUAUUGUCACGAUAGUCAUGAUGGUAAGUUAGUCAUGUGCAUCACACUCUGUCAUGAUUUUCAUAGUGUUGUCUGUCCUGGUCUGUGAUGUUUUCAUGGUAAUGUCGGUCACGGUCUAUGGGAAAGGGGAUGGAUCCAAUCCUUAUAUUUCAACACUCUUCUCAGAUUGUGUUUAAAAAAAAACCAGUACUUCGUUAUAUUAUAAUAUAGGGGCAACAGCAAAGACUUCGACCUUGAAGUCUCAUGGAGUCUUGGAAGUCUCUUGAAGUCUGAUGAAGUCUUUUAGGGACUUUAAGCUAUAGCUUAUAAGGUCACCCUCAAAAAUCGAUUUCCGGGUCAAGUACAUUCAAAUCGCGUGAAAUUUUCAGGGCAUGUUGGGACUGAAGUGGGAAGGAUGUAGUAAAAUUUUCAGCCCUAUACCAUGACAUUUGACAGAGAUAUGAACCAAACAACGGUCAAAAAUAGCUCAUUUAGCAAAUCAUUUUUUUCUAUUCGGGUUCUUUCAAUAUAUUCAAAUUUUCUUUUGUUCGAAAGAGCAUGUCAGAAUGCAGUGCAGUACAGAGUUUUUUUUUUUUAAUUCUUACUUUUUAAGCGGAAAACGGGAUCACAAGCUUCCAUGACUUGAAAGACCCGCUAAAAAUGGACACCAAUUUACAUAAGUGACUGCUUAUACUAAUAAAAAUCAAGCUUAAUUUAAAAAAGGACUCUGUAUUGCACUGCAUCUUGACCUACUCUUUCAAACAAAAAAAAUGAUAUAAAUAUAUUAAAUGAGCCUGGACGGAGCAAUCUGAAUUGCGCGGUUAAGAAAACAUAAACUGAGAAAAAGCGCAAAACAAGAUAUAGAUCAUGGUCUGCAGAAUAAUAACCGACACCAUCCCAUGUGUAUAUGUAUCCAAGUAAACGAAAGCCUUUGGCAGAUACAAUAUGGUUUUUUAAUGAUGAGCAAAGUUCGCAUACAAAGCUUCAAUACUCGUCGAUAAACUAGAUAGAAAUCAAUCAAUAUUUCCCAUAAAUCAUUUGUUUUUCAUGACUAAUAACAUGAAUUCUUCUCAAUACUAAUGAUCGAAAAGUCCACGUUAAUAUGCUCAUUAUAUCGAUGAAUUAUAAUAUAUGUAAGAGAUAAGAGAAAAAUUUCACUUCAUGACAAUUACUAUAAACGAAAAGCUAAUUUGAAGUAAUAUUUGAAAUUAUAAAAAUGUACAAAUAGUUUUGUUUGGAUGUAAACGAAGAUCAGAGCUGGGCAAAUCAGAGAUUUUUCAAGUCACAAGUCAAGUCAAAUCAUACCAUCAAAAUUUUUUUGAUCAAAUCAAGCCAAGUCUGAUUAAAAAUUAGUCAGAACAUGAAAUUUGCCAAUAUCUUUCAUGUGAGAGAUGACUUUUUUGGAGUCUCACAAUUCGAUUUCAUGGCAAAAAAAUGCAUUAAAUAAACGAAAAUUCCUUCCGAUAUGAAUUGACUUGACUUGAUAAAAUUUUCAAGUCAAAUCAUAUCUGAAAUUUUUUCGAUCGAGUCAAAUCAAGGCAGACUUAACUUGGACUUAAGCCAUUUUUGAUUUGCCCAGCUUUGAUAAAGACUAAGUUUUGUUUGCAUGAAACCUUAAAAAAGAAAAAACAAAAUCAACACUAACCUCUCAUUCGAUCAAAAUAGGUUCCAAAUUGAAUUUUUGUAACAUUGCGAAAAGGAUUAUCGAUUUCUUGGUAUUGUCUCAUAUUUGAUAAGAUUUCCAAUGACAUUAGAAACUCUGACUCGUCAAAAGUUCUAUUGCGUCCUUUCAAAAAAGAAAAGAAUUUUAUUUUAGAUAUUGUACUACCAUUUGUCGAUAUGAUUUAGUAGAAAACAAGAGAGAUGAACAUUCUUAAGCAGUUUUCCUUUUCAAUAUGAAUUCUUUCUAUUUUUCCCUAUCGUUUUUCCCGGAUAGUUUAUACUUUAGUUUUUUUUAUCCAAAGAUUCAUUGUGUAAUUCCACACAAAAAAGUAAGUUUCACUCGAAAACUAUUGAGUCUUUCGUCUUUAGACAACUCACGGAGAAACGGGAGUAGCAGAGACUUCAUGAGUAAACCCACAUAGAGUUCUAAAAUCUUUCAGAGUCCCAUGAAAUGCUAUGAAGUUCAUAAAAUUUUUUCAAAUCUAUGCAAACUUUUAGAACUCUUAUGAGGACUCUCGAGGUCGGUUUUUCCUCUUCUAGACAACAAUCUGACAAAAAAAAGACCAUUAAAUAACUUUGAAAAUGUUGUUGACUUUUUUCGUUUGACAAUAUUCAAUUCCUAUACAAAUGCUGAUGUUUUUGAUAUGGACACUUUCUUCGCUCAAUUCAUCAACUAAAUCGACUUGAAUAUGUUGGUUGAAAUAUAUUAAUUCAUCUCUUAAUUGGCGAUCAUAUCACGUCACGGAUUGACGAAAACAUCGAGAAAACGAUCGAAAGGAAAAUGUGGAAGAGGAAAACGUCAAAUACUGUUAAAGAUGACAAUAACAAGAUUCCGUUGUUUUUCUUCUUAUUGGUCACUCUUCAACUAGCACAUUUUAUUCUUUAUCAAAUAAAAAGAAUUAUGCAACAUUAAACAGAUUUAUAGUCGAGAUGACACCAAACUCAUGUUUUGGAAACAGUUCAUGUAGAAGUCAACAAUCUGAGCACGGAGGGAAAUGGCGAACUCUGCGAUUCCACAACACUGCAAGGAACUGAAAUCUGCUGUUUCUCUCUUGAAUCUGAGAGAUCGUUUGCUACAACGAACAGAGGUAAACCAUUAUUAAUAUAUGAGUUACUUAUUCAGGCGAAACAAAUCGGCAAAAAAAAAACAGCUUUUCAAUUGAUAUUUAAUACUCUGCAGGACAGAUUUUGUUAAGAAAAUCAAUACAAUGUAACCAUAAUCACGUUUACCAUUGUUAAAUGAAAAUGAAAAAAAAAAGAUCUUUUUAUAUUGUGAGUGUUCUCUUGUCUUUUCUAUUCUGAAUUAAUAAAGUAUAGUAAAUGAUCAUGUGCAUUAUAAGCAAUAGACUAAUCAUUUCAACAUUUUCCUUCACAAAUUUCGAUUUCGAUCUUUUCCUUUUAUGCAAUUUCCAUUUUCGAUGUUAUCGCUUUCGAUAUUUUUCUCUUGCGACUUUUUCCACCAAACUCACACGUCAAAAAUAUAAGAAUUCAUUUCGAAAAUUGGAUAUUUUCAGAAGAUAAUCAAGGAAAAAAGCGAACGUUUACAAAGUUGUACGCAAUACUGAUUUUUAAUUCUGCUGUUCUUUAAAGAUGAAUGGAUCAGUAGUUAGAAGAGUAAAACUUACUCUUCUAAAUGUGGAAUAUGACAGCGAAUCCUCUGAUGAAAACAUAAAGCGUAAACUAUAAGAAAAAAAAGCUGUUAGCGUAAAUCCUGUGGAAUUCAAAUAUGAAGCAUAAUGGAGCUGCUGAAACUGUAAAAGUGGAACUUUAGACAUUUGUCUUAGUCUGUAAUAGUCCGUUGUUAAAGCGCUUGUCAGAGUCUAUAAUGAGCCAUUCUUAAGGCGUCUAUCACAGUCUGCGAUGCUCUAUUGAUCCUGCCUAUUGUGGUCUGUGACGUUUCUCUGGUAACGACUGUUCAGAGAUGUCGCAAAGAGAAAAGCUAUUAGCAUAAUCCCUGCGGGAUUAAAAUGUGAAACACGAUCGAACUUACUGUGUUGUAAACGAAAGGAUUCAGCAAUCUACGUGUUAGUUUUUCAAUUACUAUAUAUUCCUAAGAUGAAUGUGGAAACAGAGCGACACACAUCUUAAAUUCUAUCGUCUUGCAUAAUAAUUUCGUCAAAAACUUCAGUUUUGAUACUAUGUCUGUUACGGUCCCAGAGUGAUGUCUGUCACGGUCUGUGGCGGGAGAGACGUUGCCAAGAUGUCUGCCGGGUCUGGGGGAGUCGAUACAAAAUUUCUACCCAUAUACUACAACACUCCUUUCCAGAUCGUGUUUUACAAAAAAAGUGGGAGGGGGGAGGCGAUUAUUUUUUCCAUCGUAGUCUCUUCUUCCGAUAAAAAGAACGAUUUUUGCUAGCAAAAACUGAAAAAUUUUCUAAAAGUAAAGGGUAUGCACCUUCUGCACUUCGAUGGUCAAAUCCUUGAGACUGUCAGGAUCUGUGAUGUUGUUAAGAAUGCCUGUCACGUAUGUCAUGUGUUAUUAUAAUAAGAUGUUUGUCAUGUUUGUGAUAAACUGUUCCUAAAUAUCUGUCACGUCCAUAAAAGAGAGGAAGUGGAUCCAAAUUUCUAUCCGUUAUACUUUCACACUCAUUUUAGAUCGUGUUUCACAAAACAAGUAAGUAAGAUAUGAAAAUAAAGCUGGAUUGCCAGUUUUAUUCUAAACGACAUGUUAUCAUGAAACAAUGUGAAUAUGUAAAGGACGGGGGCGCAUAAGAACGCAUUUUGGCCCCUUUUGAUUUUCAUUACUAAAAUUAAUUAAAUCAUAUAUGAACUGAUAGAGUAAAGCCUCCUGAUCAUUUUGAUGCUAAAUUUGAUAUGUUGUCAUAAGAUUCUAAGUGUCAUCAGGGUCUGACAUUCACCACACCAUCAACCAUCAGUUAGCCAAUAACACUAUAAUAUUAUGAUAAACCAUUUCAAGAAAGAAAACCAAGGAUGAACAUUAAUUCAAAGUUUUUCUGAUAGAUCUUUCGUUAGUCUACAUUUUCCUAAUAAAGUUAUAUUGUUGCCAGAUGAAAUACAGAUCCUUCAUUGUCUAUACUAUGACCUUAUAUUUCACAUAUGUCAUAUACGAAUUACAAUUACAUGCGUGAUUUUUUAUAAAAACAACCUUGUCCAAAUUUCUCUUAUAUAUCAUUCGAAAGAGCUUUUCAAGCUCUACAAAAUUAUCUAUUUCUAAGAAUUUUGAAAAGUGGGCCCGUAGGUCAAAAAAGGCAAACAAUGAGUUGGGUAUAUAUAAAAAAAAUGAUUUUUUUGCCUUCUUUUUUACAAUUAUAUGCGUGAUUUUUUAUAAAAACAACCUUGUCCAAAUUUCUCUUAUAUAUCAUUCGAAAGAGCUUUUCAAGCUCUACAAAAUUAUCUAUUUCUAAGAAUUUUAAAAAGUGGGCCCGUAAGUCAAAAAUGUCACAUAAUGACAUGACUAUAUAUGAAAAAAAAAGACUUUUGAUUUGUUUUUCAACACCUAUAGCAAAAUAUAUGUAUUUGAUGAGCAAUUUAUUUUUUAUAUUAAUUGAUCAAUUAAUGACCGAUGUUAAGCGCUUCAUCCAGAUGUUCAUGAAUCAAAUGAUAAUAUAAAUUAUAAUUAUGCUGGUGUUAUCUUUCUCUAGGAAAUUUCUAGAUCGAUGUAUAUUGAGGAUGAUGUGAUAGAUUAGUACCUUAUUGAAAAGAAAAUGGUAAAUGAUACUUAGUCACUACUGAAGUGGUUCAUCGAGUUUCUGAUGAUUCGAAUUAGAUUCUUUUGAUGAAUGUGUUAACAAUCAUCAUGAAGCGAAUAACGCAAAUACAAUAAUGAAAAUAUUAGUAUGAAAGCAGUCAAAACGAUAAUCUACGUUCUUAUUACCAAUCCAAUUCUGUAUCGGCGCUGUUGUUGACUGUUUCAGUGGAGCCAUGAAAAUCAUUUACAUCAUUGUCGGAGUUAUAUUCAUCAUCGGAAAACUUCAUGCUAUCAUCGAUAGCACUAAGUUAUUUUGAAGCUGAAAGUGGAUGAAUCGAUGUAGGUAUCCAAUGGCGUAGCCAGGGGGGUGGCCAUUGGGCAAUUGCCCAAUAGUUAAAAAGUUAUUGCCCAAUAAAUUUUUCGGUACUUGUUCACUUUCGACACAUCCCCUCACCCACACUCUUUGAUGUGCGUGUGUUAAACACGCCAAUUAGUGUACAGAGUGUGUUUAAAGUGAACAAGCACCCAAAUUUUUUAUACGACUUUCUGUUCUUCGACAUUUCUCUUCAGAAUAGUUAAUCUUGAGAUGCUUUGGCACUUGUAUUUAGUUGAGAGAUAUUUUAUCAAAGAGAUACGCAUUUCUAGAAAUAUUAUAUUUAUGUUUUUAACCUAACAAAAAGGAAUUAAGUUGAAAAUAAAGAAUGUGAUUACGACUGUCAGAUUGCUCAUUUCUUGAAGAAAAUGAUUCUAGAAAUGUUUUCUUUUCUCAUAUGAUAUUGUUUUGAGCGAUAUUAUUAUGAAGCAGAUUGUAGUUUGUGAUUCAAAGUAACUGAAUUUCUAAAGAUUUUUGUAUUUAUGCAGUUUACACAGUCCAGCUUUUUAAAUCUAACACAUGACUCAAUGAUAAACCUAUUCACAUAGUUCCUCUCUGUUUCAUUCAGAGAAGUUCUUGCAGAAUAAAAAUAUUGUCUAAUUCUGAUUAAUCUAAUUUUUUUUACUGCAGUGCGAAACUCGGUGGGUUGAACGUAAUGUCGCACUUGAAACUUUUCUUGAAUUAUACGUUCCAAUAUUGAAUACUCUUGACUCUCUUCGCAUCGAAGGAGACUCAACUUCGGAACAAUUAUAUCAUCCAAUCAAUAGUUUCGAAACAAUUGCAUCUUCAUGUAUUGCAUGUUUUCUUCUCAGCGAAAUUACUCCUGUCAGUCGAAUUUUACAAACGCCUACUAUCGAUUUUGCUAUUGCUCAUCAACAAAUUUUAUCGUUACUCAACACCUUUGAAGCAAGAGAAACUAAUGCUGCUGAUUAUUUCAAAAAUGUUGUCUUUGAACAAGCUAAACAAAUAUCUGAAGAAUUAUUUGUACAACCUGCAAUUCCACGUACAUAUCAACGACGUCAUGGCUGCCAACCUGAUCCAGAAGAAUUUUAUCGAGAUCAAGUAUUUCGUCCAUUUCUACAUGAGUUAAAAGCAAAUAUCGAGAAUCGUCUUUCCAUAUUCAGUCAGCCAUGUAUACAAUUACUUACUCAACUACGACCAGAACAUAUCACUUCGACAAAUUGUUCAAUCAUGGAGUUAUAUAAAAAUUUUAUCGAAAAAUUUUCAGAUCGUUUGCCACAACCUUUUCAACUUUUUGGUGAAUUAGAAAGAUGGAAAAAUGAAUGUGUCAAUUUGAUGAAUAAACCAAAUUAUGUUAACAUGUGGAUGAACGAUUUACUUGAUAAAUGUGAUUUAGUUCUCUAUCCGAAUGUACGCUUUUUACUCGUUUUUCUUGCUACUCUUCCAGUUACUACCAGCUCAACAGAGCGCGCAUUCAGCUCACUCAAACGUAUAAAAACUUAUUGUAGAUCAACAAUGAUUGAAAACCGACUCAAUGGACUUGCUGCUGCGUUUAUUCAUAAAAAUGUAGACAUUGAUGCUAUGAAAAUUCUCGAUUUAUUUGUACAAAAACAUCCACGACGGUUAAAUUUUGGUUUAUAA